GAACUUGAACGUGGUAUAUAAUCAGUUACCAUUUCUUGUCACUGCGAAGCCAUCUAAACCAAUCCAAUCCAUUCUUCCAUCAUGGCGACUCACAAAGCUCUCAUCCUCCAUUCUCACGAUGCACCGCUUUCCCUUGAGACUGUCCCACGCCCAGUCGCCCACACUGGUGAGGUAGUCGUCCGCAUCCUGGCUGCAGACAUUGUCCCCUACAUGUCGCAAGUCCUGAAUGGCUCGAGACAAUACCCGAUGCCCCUGCCAAUGACCCCCGGCAACACCGCGAUUGGCAGGGUGCACGAAGUUGGUCCAGACGCUGUGGAGCUAAAACCCGGUCAACUAGUCUUCUGUGACAUCACCGUCCGGGCACGAGACAAUCCCUCAGUAUCUAUCCUGUUCGGAGUCCACGGCGGCAAAGAUCCAGCUGCUCAAAAGCUCAUGGAUGGGCCGUGGCGAAAUGCAACGUAUGCAGAAUAUACUCGCUUCCCCUUGGAGAAUGUAUUCGCCCUGAACGAGACCUUGCUCAUCCACGAAAUGGGUUACUCCAUAUCGGACCUCUGCUUAAUGCCCGUUUGUCUAGUACCAUUUGGGGGAUUGUCCGAGGUGGAUGUGAAGCCUGGUGAGGUGGUCAUUAUUGCCCCCGCUACGGGACGAUACGGCGGAGCUGCCGUGGCGGUCGCUCUCGCUAUGGGGGCGACGGCCGUGGCGGCAGGUCGGAAUCAAAGUGCACUCGCAGCGCUCGAAACAACAUACGCGUCCACAGGUCGACUGCGAACUGUUGUACUCACCGAGGACGUUGCGUAUAAUACGGCCAACCUCAAAACGGCAGUGUGUAAUUCCCACGGGGCGGAUGUAUUUAUUGAUUUCUCGCCCCCUGCAGCUACGGACGGGUCGAUCUUGGACGCCGCUGUUGGCGCCUUGCGUCCGUUUGGUAGAUGCGCCAUUAUGGGUGGUUCGGCGGGGAACAUCAACGUGCCGUACUUGCAGAUUAUGUUCAAGAACAUUCGGCUGCAGGGACGGUUCAUGUAUGACCGUCAACACAUUUUGCGGAUGGUCCGCAUGGUGGAGUCGGGGUUGUUGAAACUUGGGGCUGCCAUUGGGGUGAACGAGACAGAAGAGUUUGGAUUGGAAUCUAUUGAGGAGGCACUUCAGGCUGCGGGGCGAUUGUCCGGUUGGGGGAGUCAUGUUGUGUUGAAGCCGUGAGGGGCUUCGAAGAUCAUGUCGAUCUCAUUUUGUAUUGUCGUUAUGUUUCUUAAACACUGCCAUCAUGGGGUGGUGAUACUAGCC